GUAAAGAAAUUAUUGUUGGAAACGUCGACACUUGGGUACAUAACAAACUAUGUUGAUAAAAGAAUAUCGUUUGUUGAUGCCUCUACGUGUAGAGGAGUACUUUAUUGCUCAACUGUAUAUGGUUGCAAAGGCUUCCACGGAAGAAACUGGAAGGAAGGCUGGCGAGGGCAUCGAAAUAGUAAAAAACGAGCCUUAUGAAGAAAACGAUCAAGGAAUGCCUCCAGGACAGUACACAGAGAAAAUAUUUCACCUGAAGAGUCGUUUGCCUAAGUUUGUUCGCAUGUUUUUACCAGAAGAAGCAAUGAAGAUAUAUGAAUACUCUUGGAACGCCUAUCCGAGGUGUAAGACUGUGUACCGUAACCCUUGGCUGGGGGACAUUUUUUCGUUAGUAGUUGAUUCCUUACACGUACAAGAUAAGGGAACUAUGGACAAUGCUUUGGGUCUGACGGAAGCAGAACUUAGUAAAAGAAAAGUGGAGUUUCUAAAUAUUGCCAGCGAUGAGGUAAAAGCUGUCAAGGGUGAAGAUCCUACAAAGUUCCAUUCAGAGAAAACAGGACGAGGACCUUUGGCGCCAGACUGGUAUGAACAUACGGAACCCGUUAUGUGCUGUUACAAGGUUUGUAAGCUGCAGUUUAAAAAGUGGGGUUUGCAAACAAAGGUAGAACAGUGGGGUCAGUACUAUGGUUUAAGGAACACAUUUAUGAAGUAUCACCGUAAACUGUUUUGUUGGAUCGAUGAGUGGUAUGGUCUUACAGUGGAGGAUAUUAGAAGAAUGGAAGAUGAAACACAAAAAUUGACUAGAGAGAAACUGGAAAAGUCAAAACUUAUGGCCUCCAGUAACGAUUCUGAAAGCUUCGAAGAAGAAUAUGAAUAGAAGCAGUAUAUGUAAGGUCUAGCUAGUUAUAUAACAACUCGUUUUCGGAUGUAAAAUCAUGCUAAGCUUCUUUCCUGUAGAUGAUGGAUAAGACUUUCACCAAUAUGAUAAAAGUUGUUCAUCAAAA